AUGGACAAUGACAAAGCUAGCAGCAAGCAGGAUGAAGCCAGCAACAAGGAAGAAGCUGUACUAAGCAAGCAAGCUCAAGAGAAGCUGAAAGAAAAGGAUGACCAGCCACAAAAUCUAAGAAAAGGGAAGCAAGUAAUAGAGGAACCAUCUCAAGGACAGAAGCAAGUGGAGAAAGCUCUCACACCUCCCUUGCCAUACCCUCAAAGGUUCAACAAUGAGACCAAGGAUCAGCACUUUCCCAAAUUCCUUGAAGUCUUCAAGAAGUUGGAGAUUAAUAUCCCCCUGGCUGAAGCACUAGAGCAGAUGCCUCUAUAUGCAAAAUUCUUGAAAGAGCUCAUCAAUAAAAAGAGAAAUUGGCAUGAGAAGGAGACCAUUGUGCUCACACAAGAGUGCAGUGCUGUAAUUCAAAGAGGUCUCCCACCAAAACUUAAAGAUUCUGAGAGCUUCUUCUUACCUUGCACUAUUGGCAAUAUAACCAUAAAAAGGGCACUGUGUGACUUAGGGGCCAGCAUUAAUCUAAUCCCUUAUUCUAUGAUGAGAAAGCUAUGCAUAGAGGAGGUAAAGCCCACACAGAUGUCACUAGAGCUCGUGGACAAAUCAUUGGUGUUUCCCAAAGGAGUAAUUGAAAACCUUUUGGUCAAGGUGGAUAAGUUCAUAUUCCCUGCAGACUUUGUGAUCCCGGAUCUAGGAGAAGAAGGGAGUGAAUCUAUUAUCUUGGGAAGACCAUUCUUGGCCACAGCAAGGGCCAUCAUAGAUGUUGAACAAGGAGAGCUGACCCUAAGGGUACAUGAUGAAAGCAUUACUUUGAAUGUCUUUCCAGAAGCACAACAUAAUGAGAAAAAGGAAAAAUUCAUGGAGGCUAACAAAGAAGACUUGUAG